GCGAUUGGAAGGACUGCAAGUUCGUGGCCGGAAAGCCAAUAGAACACCUGAAUUUCGGGCUCACGCAGCAACAAAAUGUCAAAAUGUGUCCACGGCACGGCGGCUGGACACGGAGCAUACUUGGGCCGCGGGAAUCGGAGGUCGUGGGCUCGUGGGGUGGAGGAGCGGUUAACCCCCCGCGCUCCACCGCUGCCUGCGCCGCUUCGGGAAUCAAACCCGCUCGUCGGAAUGUCGGAUCGCCACCGGACGCUCCCCGCCGCGCCACGUGCGCCACUCGCUCCCCUGGUGGGUCCAUUAGGAGCAAGACGAUCGACAACGACGGCGCACGCAGCGCUUCUCCGGAGCAGUUCCCUGAGGAGCGAGCGCGAGAGACAGAGACACAGUACAGAGAUCGCGCUGCUGCGGCUAGGCAAUGGCUCGAGCGCCCGGCGGCGGCCGCCGGCGGGGCGGCGGCGGCGGCAGCAGGAGGAGGGACGCGGCGGGUGGCGGGGACGCGGUGCGGAAGGGGCCCUGGAUGGCGGAGGAGGACGCGGUGCUGCUGGAGCACGUGCGCGCGCACGGGCCCUGCGACUGGAGCUCCAUUCGAUCCAAAGGCCUCCUGCCGCGCACCGGCAAGUCCUGCCGCCUCCGCUGGGUCAACAAGCUCCGGCCGAACCUCAAGACUGGCUGCAAGUUCUCUGCCGAGGAGGAGCGGGUGGUGCUGGAGCUGCAGGCGCAGUUCGGGAACAAGUGGGCGAGGAUCGCCACCUACUUGCCGGGGAGGACGGACAACGACGUGAAGAACUUCUGGAGCACCCGCCAGAAGCGGCUCGCCAGGCUGCUGUGCGCACCGCUCCCCGCCCGGUGCACCAGCAGGAACACCAGCGCCGCCGCCGCCAAGGCGCCUGCAGCCGCCUCCUCGUCUCUGGAGUCGCGACCCGCCACCGUGGGUCCAAGCUUGGAUCGAGUUACAUUCGGGAGCAGCUCCGACGUCCACCCGUGCAGCGCAGCAACACCAUUCAUGGACGCCCGGAAUGCUGCACUGGUCCCGUACGAUCAGUUGGCCUCCGGGGUUCUCAGCUUCAACGGAGCGCUGCCGCCGUUAGCGCCGGGCACCGACAGCCACGAGUGCUCGUCGUCAAAUGCAGCCCCGCUGCUUCAAAAGUCGCCGUUCGAUGAGCCUCCGUACCCUCUGCUUGACUACCCAGGGAUGCCGGAGUGUUGGAACAUGGCUCCCGGCGGGUUCGUCAAUGCCGGCGCUAUGGAUGAUCUCGCCUACCAGGAGCUGCUUCCGAUGAUAUCCCCUCCGAUGAUGUUCCCGUUCUUCGGCACGGAGUGCGCGCAGGGUGGAGUCAAGCCGGAGCCCCCGGACGCGCCAGACUUCUUCGACGACCUCCCACCGGACAUGUUCGACUCCCUUGAUCAGGUGCCCCCGCCGCUGUCACCGCCUGCCACGAGCUCUGGAUUUUGACGUUGGCCUUUCCAAUGUACGAAAUCCGCCAUUCAUCAUUCUUGCCUGGCUAUGCAUUUGGACUACCUGUUCUGACCAGUAGUACUAGCCGUUGCUGAAAGUUUUAGCCUUUGCAGCCAGCUACUUAACCUUGCAAUGAUCUAGAGUCGAGCUUUGUGCUGGACAUGGAAAGUGCAAUACUUCUAACCUUAGAUGCAGAAUGUAAGAUGCAGGUGUUGAUCAAGUGGUUGUAGUUGUAAUGUCUGUAAAGCUUAGCAUGCUGUAAGAUCGGUAUCAGUCUAGUAAAAGAGAUGUAAGAAGUUUAGCAUGUAAGUACUCCUGUUUGUUAACAAGAUGUCCUUUUGCGAGUACGGCACAUAUUUAAUUUGCUUCCAUCAAGCAAUAAUGUUAUUUAUUUUUCUGUCUUUCCUUCCAUAAACAAUGAUGUCAAUUAUUAUCUUUCCAAAACAAAUAAUGACGCGAAUUAUGGGUGAAUGUGUGUGCAAAGAAAAAUAAAGUGUGUGCUAAAAGAAAGUAAUACGCGGGUACAAAAGUUAGGUAUAGGAAAUUGUUGGUGUAGAAAGUAUUAUGUUUGGUGGAAAACAUUGACAAAACUAAUCUCAUCUCUCUUUCGCCAAAACUUUUGACCUGACAAGUGGAAUCUUCGUAAGGGGUACGGUGGGCCUAAUUUUAGUGAGAAAAUAGAUAGAGAAGAUGAGGCGACACAUCGUAAGCAUACAUGACUGCAUGAGGUUGCUCUCAUCUCAGU